AGGGCAGGCUUGGCAGGCCUCCCCCCGCCCCUCCUCGCUUGACCACACGGGAGGGUGUGGGUCCCUGAGAUCCUGGAGGCGGGGGGCUGCCUCGGCCACGCCCUUCCCGCAAGAAUGGGGGAGAAGCUGCUUUCCCAGGUGCCUGAAGGAUCCUAAGAAGUGAGGCUCGCCCUGCUCCCGGCAGAAGCUGGAGAGAUGGCACUGCAGUUUGAAGCCUUCUAUGCGGGGGGCCUGGCCCCGGGCUGGAACCUGCUAGUUCAGGGACACUCUGACUCUGGAGAGGACAAGUUUGAGAUCAACUUCCUAUCUGAGACGGGGGACAUCGUCUUCCACAUCAAGCCCCGGUUCUCCAGCGCCACCAUCGUGGCCAACACCUUCCAGGGCGGCCACUGGGGCCAGGAGGAGGUGUCCAAUGUCUUCCCGCUGGUGCUCGGGGAGCCCUUUGAGAUGGAGGUCAGCUCGGAUGCGGAGCACUUCCAUGUCCACGCCCAGGAGCACAAGGUGCUGCAGUUCUCCCACCGCCACAGGCCACUGGCCGCCAUCACCCGGGUGCAGGUGCUGAGUGACCACCGCCUGGCCCAGGUGGAGCUGGCCAGGAGAGGCCUGAGCUGGGGGGACGUGGGCUACUGAGCUGUGUCCGAAGUCCCAGGAUCGAGCCUUGGCCAUUGGCCAUCCCAUGUCCAGUGAAACCCACCCUGGGGAAGCUGGGGGGAGGGCCCUGUGGUUCUGGGCCCCCCCAUUCCAGCUCCACCUUCAAUAAAAUUUAA